AUGUCACCCUCAGAAGAUCCUGUCCACCCCUCUGCCAUCGGCGAGAACACACAAGUAAACACAGAGUCCAACGACCAGAGUCCCUCGGCCUCAACCCCCGAUGAUACCUCCUAUCCCCCGCAACUCCAUGCUGGGGCAGUCGGUUAUGGUCCAAACUAUCGCCAGGGACCUACUUUCACCGACAAAGUGACUGGAGUCAAGGAGGAGAUCAAGGGAAAAGUCACUCGCCAUCCGGACCUCGUCCAGCAAGGUCAUGAUAGAAGAACGGGUGAAUUGAAGCGAAGAGAGCGAGACGAAGACGACGGUGUUGAUCCUUUUGCAACACCGGGCGAGGACGAAAAGAAAGAUAAGGAGCAGGCAGCGACUGUGUAA